GCUGGGCCAACAGCAGAGUGUCUUGUUCGGCAAGGAGGACAUUGCGACCUUCUUUCCGUUUCUUGCGACGCAACCGCGGUUCCCUGCUGUACCUACAACCCGGCCAUCGACUCCACGACAUCUCCCAGAACACGGACGUCGUCUUUUGUGAUCCCUCCCAGGACGCACUCUGUCGAGUUUUGAAUAUAGACACGGGUCGGCCUUUACAAGUGUCUUUUCGCUUCAGCAGGUGCGGGGGAAACCAUCCAUCCGGGGGCUCCAUCCGUCGUUCCAUCUAGCCUUGCAACAUCUAUCUUGACAGAUUGGCAAAAAACCGCCAAUCAACAUUGCAUCAGCCAACAACGACCCUGCGCAUGACAGCCACGAAAAGUCUCUUGUUGAUUUACAGCCCAUCGGAACGCAUCUAGAUCCCGCAGCGUCUUUCUACGCAUUUCCCACCCGGUUUCCAGCGAUUCGAAAAACGACCCCUCGACUUGCCCCGGCAAACAUCACCAAACCCCCCAAAACAGAGACGCACCCAACGCACAUACGCGCCCACACCCACGAAACCCGGGCACCAUGCCGAGCGCAACAGCCUCGGGGGCCGAUGCGGCCGGCGGUGGCGCCCGCAGCCGCGAGCACAAUCAGGGCAACCAGGGCCGCUCGUAUACGGUGGAACAGAAGGCGGCGGUGCUGCGCAUCCGCAAGUGCUCACCGACGGCUUUCUACGACAUCCUCGGCCUCGAGGAGGUCAAAAAGACAGCCACGGAGAGCGACAUCAAGAAGGCCUACCGCAAGCAGUCACUGAUGACCCACCCCGACAAGAACGGCCACGAGCACGCCGACGAGGCAUUCAAGAUGGUCAGCCGCGCCUUCAGCGUGUUGGGCGACAAGGAGAAGCGCGAAAAGUUUGAUCGCUUCGGCACAGACCCGGACUCCCGGUUCGGGCAGGCGCAGGCCCAGAACCCGUUCAGCGGGUUCAGUGGACGGCAAGCUGGUGGCGGCGGCGGCGGAGGUGGGGGAGGUGGCGGCUUCAGAGGUGGCGGGAUGGACGAGAUGACACCCGAGGAGAUGUUCCAGCGGUUUUUUGGGGGCGGAUUCGGCGGCGGUCCGUUCGGAGGAGGCGGCUUUGACACAGGGCCCCAGUUCGUCUUCAACUUUGGCGGGGGGCCUGGAUUCAGGGUACACCAGUUCGGCGGCGCGCGGCCGCGGAGGAGACCGCGUGAAGCGACGGAGCAGCAAGGCGGGGGCCUGUCGACGCUCAUGGGCCUCCUGCCAAUCCUGUUGCUCUUCGUUUUCCCGCUCAUCUCGAGCCUUUUCAGCGGCGGCGGGCCCGCGACGCCGAGCAUUGUCUACGAUAACCCCAAGGGCGCCAACACGCUCGGCCGGACGACGCCUAAGCUGAACGUCAAGUACUUUGUCAACCCCAAGGAGGUCGAGAGCCUCACCAAGGGUAAGCUCAGCCAGCUGGACCAGACGGCCGAGAACAACUUGGUGCGGACGCUGCGAUUCCAGUGCGAGAACGAGUUGCUGGCGAGACAGCGCUUGUACGACUCGGCGAGCGGCUGGUUCUUCCAGGACCCGGAGAAGAUGCGCAAAGCCGACGCGUAUGACAUGCCAUCGUGUAAGAGGCUUGAGUCGUUCAAUGUGGGGAGGUGAUGAGGCCUGUAAUCGAGAAAGGGAGCCGUUGGACGGGGUUGUGGUAAGAUGUAAGAAACGGGAGAUUUUGCCUAUUGCUCUUUUUCGACAUAGGCCGAGAGAUGGCUGGUCGAGGAGACGGGCGGCUGAUGGGAUGUCGUGGGAAGGGGGCUGAUUCCUGGUCUAAUUCGGCGUUCUGGAGACAGAUGAGAUUCAUAGCAUUCUUGGGAACCCGCGCCUGGGCAUAUUUUCCUCUUCCGGCACAGUAGUCUUCUAUAUAUUCCUUUUCCCACCUUCACCAC